GGUUUAUUACGUACAGCCGAACAGCUGAAAAUUAAAGGACUUUGUGAGACGGCCGAAAACACAGACGAUUUGAACGACUCGGCUACAGCCACAAUUACAGUAUCGGAGAAUAUACAGCAAGCCGUCGUUGGAAAUAUAGUUAAUGCCACAGUAGCAACGGGUCAACUCUCACCCAAUAUACCACAUCAAUCACAACAGCAGCAACAACAGAUCGCUACUAAUACAGCAGUGCUCACGCAUAAUAUUGGCAACGUGACCACUGCAAAUACACAACAAAUUGGUGCAGCCACUACAAAUGUCACCGGACAGUUAGUUAGUGCAGGCACAUCGGUACAACAUCAACAGAUUGGACGUAAAUCUCGUGUACGUAAGCGUUCAAAAUCUCCAGAUAUACAACAACAAGUACAGAGUACACAACAACCACAAACAAUUUUAAUACAAAAUCAAAAUCAAGCCGCUAUUGUUAGUUUACAACAGACGUCGUCUGGUAAUUAUAUACCGGUAUCCGGUGUACAAACGGUUAGCACUAGCGGCGGUGGGCAACAACAGACGGUAAUCACCGGUGACGAUUCGGAUACGGAUAGGCCGGGGAAGAUCUGUAAGACAGAAACAGCGUCAGCUUCACCUGCGUCCAGCGCAUCUGGUGUAUCGGGAACGAAUAAUGCUGGCAGCGUAACGACCGUUGCAGCACCAGGCACAGCGAUUGUAACGCAGAUUGUAGUAGCACGAGACGGCAAAGAUAAAAAUAUGACUAGUUUAGGAAUGGGAAUGAAUGGCGGAAUUCUUGGAGUGCCAAUGGGCUUUUUAGAUUUUGCACCAGAACCUCCAGCACCCUCAGCCACCCCGGUAACAGUAACGGAGCAUGUCGAUUUAUCAUGCAAUCCAAAUACCGACACUCGAGAUUUAUCAAACCCCACCGAAGCACUGGACAUCGACAAUCAUUUAGCCCAACACAUGAUUCAACGGCUUGAUCAAUCUCCGAUGCAUGCUAUUCAUCAUCAGACUGGUGAUGAAAGCAAUUCGAAUUUAGUACAGCAUAUUAAGAGUGAGGUGAUUGAUGCGAAACAACAGCAACAAGUACAGCAACAGCAACAUCAUCAACAGCAACAACAUCAAUUACAUGCUCAACAACUCUCACAAAAUCAAGCACAGCAACAGCAACACCAACAGCAUCAAGUACAUCAACAACAAACAGCACACUCACACUCAACACACGUCCAACAACAAGCACAAUCACAUCAGGACCUAAGCGGAGCAACAGUAAUGGAAAUCGAUCCAAGCCAAAUAAAACAUGAACCCGGAAUGAUCAUAACACCGGAAAUUGUCAAUAUGAUGACCACUGGACAUAUGGAUAUGUAUAAUUCUGAUACAAGUGAGGAUUCAAUGAUGAUAGCAAAUGGCUCACCAAACGAUCAAACUGAGCCACAUUAUACUAACUUGGACCAACAGCACGUGGAUGGUAAAGGUCAGUUUAAUGGUCCGAAAACUUGGACUCAAGAUGACAUGAAUUCAGCUUUAGAUGCAUUGAAGAAUCAAAAUAUGAGUCUUACAAAAGCAUCAGUUACAUAUGGUAUACCAUCAACCACUUUAUGGCAACGUGCCCAUCGUAUGGGCAUCGAAACGCCAAAGAAGGAGGGUGGAACGAAAUCAUGGAAUGAAGAUUCUUUGAAUAAUGCUUUAGAAGCCCUACGUUCUGGGCAAAUAUCAGCAAAUAAAGCGUCCAAAGCCUUUGGUAUACCAUCCUCGACAUUAUAUAAAAUUGCGCGACGCGAAGGCAUACGAUUGGCGGCACCCUUUAAUGCGGCACCCACAACGUGGACACCGGAAGAUUUAGAGCGUGCAUUAGAAGCAAUACGCGCUGGUCAUACGUCCGUACAAAAGGCCAGCGCUGAAUUUGGCAUACCAACGGGCACCCUAUACGGUCGUUGCAAGCGCGAAGGCAUUGAGUUAUCACGUUCGAAUCCAACACCAUGGUCGGAAGACGCAAUGAAUGAAGCUUUGAAUUCAGUUCGCAUUGGUCAGAUGUCUAUUAAUCAGGCCGCAAUUCACUACAACCUUCCCUACAGCUCUUUGUAUGGUCGCUUUAAGCGUGGAAAGUAUGACGUUACUAAUACCAGUAGCACCUCCAUUAAUAAUGCAUCAGGAAAUACUUCGGGAAGCAUCGAAAUUAUCGAACAUAGUCAAGAAAACUCGUUACAUAUGUUUCAGCAACAGUUCCAGUAUAGUCCGUCGCCACAUCAACAACCUCAGCAUGGCGGUCAAACUCAAUCGCAGACACCUCAACAUAUAACCCAACAUGUUGUACACAUUCAGCAACCACAGACUCAUCAUCAGCAGCAACAAGUACAUGCUCAACAACAGCAACAUAUCCAGCAGCAACAAGAUGUUGUAACAUCCAGCAGCCAGGUGGCACAUAGCAGUGCAGCUGUUGGGCAGCAGCAACAACAACAAAUUCAACAGAUCUAUCAUCAUCACAGCACGCCGGAAAGAAGUUGAGAAUCACUGCAACAAGCAGCUAGCAACAGCAACUCAACAACAACUAACAGCAGCAACAAUAAGAGGAAGAAAAACUCGAAAGGUAAACGUUGAGAAUGGCGACACACCAGUGAUGUGUUUUUGCGUAUGAAGGUUUGCAAUAAGAAAGUGAAACAACAACAACACCAAGAAAUACGAAGGAAUAAACAAGUUACUAAAAGAAAUUUAAAUGCGAGGAGAGCAAAAGGAGAAUGUCAAAAAUUUCAAUUAAAAUUAUUUGCGGGCAUUUAAGCAUUGAAUUUGUUUGACAAAAACUUCGUUUUAAACCGAAUUAAAAUAUAUGACGAAAAUCUAUGGGGCUUUUUUGGAGAAUGAUGAAUGAUGCAUAUUACAUAAUAAUGAUAAAUGAUUUGAAUUAGUAACUAAUAGUGAAAGUGUUGAACAUAACAAAUACUUUCCUAUAACUAAACAGAAGACCGAAGGAGUGCUGUCUGCCACUCCUUUAAGGGAAAAGUUUUAGAAAUACACAAAAAAAAAUAUCAAAAAAAAAAGAAAAAUUGGGGGGUGUACAAUGAAUUGAGGGAGUAUAAUAGUAUUCACGAAUGCCAAGUGAUUGUCCACGGGUUUGACCACAAAAACGAAAUAAAGUUUUAUUAACUGAUGUUGAAUAUAUCCUUAUAAAAAUCAAAUGGAUUAUCCUUUUGCAUAAAUAGAAGAAAAUGGAUUUGAAAAAUGAAUUGUAUUUUUGAUAAUUGAAUAGUAGCAAAACAAUAUUGAAUAAAAAAAAUAUACAUACAUAGUAGAUGAUGCACUUUUCGGACAAAUAACGUACGGAGAAGAGUCAAAGUUAAAAUUUUUUGGAGUCGUGACAAAAUUAUAAAUAAGUUCUUUCACCACUAGAUUUAGUGCUAAAAAAUAGUUUUUAUCUUAAUAUAAAAUUUACGGUUUUGUCAAUCAAAACUAGUAAUAAAUAAAAAGAAGUAGGUUUAAAUGUAUCACAUUUACCGAAGUGAAUUAAAAAAAUAUAUAUAAUUGAAAUAGAAUUAUUCGAUUGGUUUGAGUUGAUCUUUUGGCUUUUCGUUGAAUAAUAUUAUGUAUGCGAUAUACUUACAUAUGUAUGUAGAUGCCUAAAAUAAUGUUGAUAAUUUUCUUGUAACUAAUAGAUAAGUUUUCUUUUGUUCCAAACAAUAACAAAAAAUUAAGCAUUCAUUGAACAGAAGUUGGAUAUUUUUAUUUUCAAAAUCUAUAUCACAUACAUAAAAACAAAUCACACACACAUACACACCGAAAAAAUAAAGGAUCUUUUUAAUGAAUUGCUAACGCAAGGAUGAAAUAUCAAAAUUUUUAAUUUAUAUAUAUAUAUAAAAUAUAUAUACAUACAUACAUACAUAGUUAAAUGCAAAUACAAAGUAUACAGAAAAUAUUAAAUAAUCACGACACAUCAUGCUAUAUAAUAAAUCAUUAUAAAUUUAAACAUUAAAAAUAAAAAAGAGAGACAUCAUCAAACAGAAAUUUGUUGCUGCUGCUUUGAAAUAUUGAAUAUUAAGAAUACAUCCUUGUGGAUAGAAAACUCCACGAUGAUAAUCUAAUGUUAAACAGACUAAAAUCAUAAAAUAAAACAAAAAUUAAAUGUAGUUAUUAUUACUAUUACUAAAGCAUUCAUAUUUAAAUAGUAUGCAAUAUAAAGAAAAUAAUAAUAAAAUGCGAACCUUUCAACAUGGCAAGUGUAGUGUACACAUUAAACCGGCAACUUCGAAAACAGGACCUAACAAUGUUACAUUUUAGCGCAUCAGCACAGUUUACGUUUCUUUGUGUUCUUGUUACGGGGUCAUUUUCUUUUUAAUCUAAUUUCCUUCUCAAGGUAAAUUGGCGUACUGAUUUGCAGUGUAAUUUUUAUCUUUAAUUGGUUAACCACUUCAUUCAACUGCAUACGCAUUGCUACAAACUCGAUUUAAUUCACAUUCAUACAUACAUUAAUCCUAUGGAAUAGCAUUAAGUUAACAUAUAAUUUAUUUAACGUUAGAGUUGUAUGCAGUCUUCGGUGAGCGCUUGCAAAGCAAGUCGAAAUUUAAAAAAUGUUUUUUAAAUGCCCGCUUAUAUUUCGAAACGUAAAAUUAUACAAUAUUAUCUAAAAACGAAAAAGAUCAACAGAGGGUUGUGUUAACUGCAUGAAAAUAUAUCGCGAAUGAUCCAUAUGCAUAUAUUCAUACAUGAGGUAGUCUAUCUGGUUGUUGUGACAAGAAUACAAAAUAUCAGCUCGAUUGGUGGACUAAUACCAAUAAUUAGCGGCUUAAUUAUAAACACUGAUUAGUGUAGCGUCAAUUCAGAUAUGCGGUUGAUUUUGUUCUUUCUUUAAGCAAAGAAAAAGUGAGUUUGUAAUUUUUCAUUUUUAGAACGGUUUGGAUUUUAGUUGCCGAAAAUGCUAUGAAAUGAUAAUUACAAAAACUGUGUACAUAAAUAUAUUAUGGCAAAUAAAUAUGGAUGUAAAAAUCAAA